AUGGCUAAAUUAGAUCCAGUAAAUCUUUUUACAGAAGAUGUAGGCUCAAAACGACCAUCAUCUAAACUAUUCUGUGGAAUUCAAUCUAAACGUUUAUUCUACAUUUUACUUGGGAUAAUUCUACUUUUAUCACUUAUACUUGUCAGUUUAAUUAUCAUAUUAGCUGUACCAAAAUCCACAUCUAAAAUAUCACCUGAUAAAGUGAAAGAUACUUGUUUAACUGAUCCAACUCCAGAAUGUAAAUUUUGUGUAUCAAAUGGUUGUAUUGCAGCGGCAGCACACCAAAGUUUAUUUAUCGACAAGAACGUGGAACCUUGUGAUAAUUUUUUUCGAUACGCAUGCGGAAAUUGGUUAAAAACAAGAGAUUACAAAUCGUUUGAAGUUGAAAGGACUGUAAUUGGUGAUAUUGUAAAUGAAAUCGAUAGUGAAAUGGAAGUAUUAUUGGAUGGACCAGUAAAUGAAAUCAAUAAAGCAUCUUGGGAAUGGAAGAUAAAGGUAUAUUAUCAAGAAUGUCGGGAUGACUACGGUCGAGUUAGUAAUAGUGGUCAGGCAAUGAUUGAAUUAAUUAAUGCUGCUGCUAAUGGAUGGUUUCUGUUUGAUGGUGGUGAUAAUACAGCACUAAUAAAUAAUAAGCAAACAUUAUUUGAACAAUUUGCAUAUAUCCAAGCUAGUUAUGGUACUCGUGCAAUAUUCGAUGUGCGAAUAAAAGAUGAUAAACUUGAAUUUUAUCCGCAUGGUCUGAGUAUGGAAUAUCAAGAUUAUGUAUUAGAUGAUGAUGUAUCAAAUAAUUUAGAUUUUAGAGAAUUAAUGAAUUAUGUAUUGGCCGAUGCAAGUAUUUUAGAACCAUCAACGCCUGUCUAUGUAACAAAUCCAAGAUAUUUCGCUGAAGUAUUUAAAUUAUUACAACAAAUGAUGAAUGAUAAUAGUACACUCGGUCGUCGAGAAAUUCAUAAUUACAUGCGAUGGCGUCUUGUUCAAGCGUAUAUCAAUGAUUUAAGUUAUCAUUAUGUACAUGCUAAUCGCAUUUUCACUGAAAAAUAUUAUGGUCAUCCACUACAUAUGACAAACGAUGCUUAUUGUGCGCGUGAAACAAUACAAAAAUUUCCAUUAGCAAUGAUUCGUCUAUAUACACGGUUCAAUUUUCAUCAUGAUAAUACAGAAGAAGUAUCAACAUUGUUAACAUAUUUAAAAGCUUCUUUAUUGAAUUAUAUCAAUGAGAACAAAUGGAUGGAUGAACAAACAAAACAAAUUGCUAGGGAAAAAGCAAACCAAUUAAUAACAUCCGUUGGUUAUACGACCAUUGCUCAGGAUGAUAAUGAGCUCAAUAAAUAUUAUGAAAAUCUCAUUGUUAAUCAAACUUCUCAUUUUCAAAAUGCUUAUAAUUUUGUUCAAUUUCGAAGAACGAUAUUAUCCGAUGCAAUUUUAUUUCCCAAUAAACUUGACCACUGGGACACAUUUCAACAACGAAAUAAAUUAUUUGAUUAUGUUGCUGUGUUAAAUAGAAUAUUUGUCAUUUCACCUGCAAUGCAAGUGCCAUUGGUUAAUCAUAUAUGGCCACCAUCACUCAAUUUUGGAAGUCUUGGUGUCUUAUUGGCUGAAAAAGUAUUUUCCGUAAUCGAUAUAAAUGAAGGUAACGCUUAUUUAGCAAACGGUACAAACUUUAAUUGGUGGACAACAAAUACUGCCAAAUCUUAUAGCGAAAGUCGUCAAUGUAUAACGGAUUAUUAUACCAACGUUGUUCAACAUCUAAUCUACGAUGUUGGUGGAACAUCGGUAACAGUAACGCUAUCCGGUGAACCAUUUUCACCCAUAACUCUUCGACAGAUAGGUGCUUUGAGAUUGGCUCACAUGGCACUGAACAAUUACGUUAGUAGCACUAAUACUCUAGGAUAUUCAAAAGAGCACUUAUUACCGAUCUUAGAAAGAAACUCGACAUUAGAUCAACAAUUUUUUCUAGCCUAUGCUCAAUCACAAUGCUUUAAACGAAAGGAGUUAAUUCAAUUAGUUCUAACUCAGUUCGGCUCCUAUGAUGAAGAAACAGCAUUGAAUACAGCAUUAACACAUAUGAAUGAAUUUAAAGAUGCAUUCAAUUGCGCACCAGAUCGACCGAUGAAUACUAAGACAAAAUGUUUUGAUACAUAA